AUGUGCGGAAAUGCGCUCUUUACAGGAAGAUUCCGUACAUUUUCUAUUGAUAAAACUGAAAACAUUAACAUAUUAAGAUGGAAAAUGGUUGAUCGAAUGGAAGGAAAAGUAUCAAAAGGAUUUGCUGAAGGAACAUUAUCAUUGGAAUAUAUACCACUCAAACCAACCUCAAAUUCAAAUCCUGGCCAAAUGAUUGUUUGGCGUAAUUGA